GUGUAAUAUACCGUCAUGGCGACGUUAUCACCGCACAAAAAUCCACCUUCGACGAAAAUUUUGAAACAUCAUUUAUCCCUAUUACAAUCGCUUUUACAACAGGGUUUUUAUAAAACUGUAGCGGAGAAAGCAUUAGCUGCUACAGGAUAUCGAGGUGUUCAACUUGCAAUUGAUUGGAUAGUAGCUCAUAUCUCUGAUCCAACUUUACGUACUGAUACUCACAGACAGUAUGUUUUAUAUGCUUGUCCCACGGGUGAAUUGGCUGAACAACUAAUGAAAUUUUGGUCACAAAGUAAAGAACUAAUAUGGAAUAGAGCGCAUAAUUAUAUGCCACAUAUUACGCUUGUAUCAUUUUUUAAAGCAGCAGAUGAAUCUACAGCAGAGUUGGUAAAUGCUCUUGAAAGUGUAGUUAACCAAGAUGAGUUGUUGGAUAAUAUAGAGUUAGAAACUUAUAUAUCUUCUAAUUUCAUGGGUCUGUUUGUUAAAGUAAAUGCAGAAUAUUUACAAAAUAUUGCCAUUCAGUAUACAAACAAAUUGUCAAGUUUAGGCAUAUCUGCAGAACCCAAAGUAAAACUCUUUCAUUUGACAUUGGCCUAUCAAUUUCCCAGUAAUUUAUAUCAGCAAUUGCGCUUAAUGGUAGAAAAAUUAACACUCUCUUGUCCAACUAAUUGGGAACUCAGAUUGUAUUCCAGAGAUUCUAGACUACAAAAUGCACAUGUACAUAAAGUGACACAUGCCAAUGAUACUACAGAUUGUAAUGAAUUACAGUUAAGAGUAGGAGAUUACAUUUACAUUCCAGAAGGAGCAUGUAGUGCAUCUACAGAUGGUUGGGUCAAAGGUAUCUCUUGGUUAACUGGAGCUUCUGGCCAUCUACCUCUAAAUCACACAAUACGUACAGCUGAAUCAGAUUCAUGGACUUUACACACUACUAUACAAAUUACUGGCAGUAAAAGAGAAAUUUUAGAUAAAGAAGAAAUACCUCUAACUCGUAAACCACCAGUAUUGUUAGCAAGUAAUUCUAUAGAUAGUCCUGAUGGAGUAGCAACAACUAAUGAACCAAUUGAAGCUUCUGAAGCACCUCCAAGUUCCUCGAGACAAAUUUUUAUAUGCCGCCAUGGAGAAAGGGUAGAUUUCACAUUUGGAGCAUGGAUUCGUUAUUGUUUUGAAUCAAAUGGAUCCUAUGUUCGUAGAGACUUGAAUAUGCCAAAAGAAAUACCAUCGAGAAAUAUACAGGACUUCCGGAAUGAUAGUCCUUUAACAACUGUAGGUGAAGUGCAAGCGAGUUUGGUAGGAGAAGCUAUGAAAUCAUCUAGUGUUAAAAUAGAUGUGGCUUUUACAUCUCCAUCGUUAAGAUGUAUCCAAACAUUGGCCCACAUUUUGAAAGGACUAGACUUAAACAUUCCAAUGAAAAUAGAACCAGGUUUAAUAGAAUGGUUAGCAUGGUACCCAAAUGGUAUUCCAAUUUGGAUGACAUCUGAAGAAUUAAUAAAAGCAGGUUUUAACAUAGAUAAAACUUAUGAUCCAGUUAUCAAAGUAAACGAGCUUCCACUGAAAGAGAAUGCAGCUCAGUAUUAUGAACGAAGUUAUGAAUUGAUUAAUCGAAUUAUUGAAAAUACAGUAGGAAAUAUUUUAAUAGUAGCCCAUGCUGCUUCUUUAGCAGCUUGUACCAGACAAUUAACAGGUGGAAGGAUACCACCAGCUUCCGAAGUUACUAGAUUAGCACAGAGAGUACCAUAUUUAGCAUGUUUAACGGCACGUGAAGGAUUGGAUGGUUGGCAAAUUCAUCCACCUCCCUUUCCACCGAUAACCCAUACUAGUAACACUAGGUUUGAUUGGAAAGUAUUAUUAUAA